GCACCGCGGGACGGCGGGAGCGGCGGCGGGUCCAGGAAACCCCUGGGGCGGACGGGUGGCCCCGGGGGGGCCGGGGGCGGGGAGGCGGGCGGCCGGCACCGCCCGGGCCGACAAAAGUCCCUUCAGUUCAGCCGGCGGCAGGGGAAGUCCCGGCGCUCGGCGCAACCACCCUCCCGUGCCGCCGAGCCCAGCCGCGCUCCGGCCGCCCGCUCGGCCGCCGUCCCCGGCGGCCCCAUGCCCCGAUGCCCCGCGGGGACCAUGGACGAGGGGCCCGUGGACCUGCGCACCCGGCCCAAGGCCGCGGGACCCCCCGGCGCCGCGCUGCCGCUCCGCAAGCGCCCUCUGCGCGCGCCCUCCCCGGAGCCCGCCGCCCCCCGCGGCGCUGCAGGCCCCGUCGUCCCCCCGGAUCCCCUCCGCGGUGGCCCCGACGCACCGGCGGUGCCCGCGCCCCCCCACGGUCUGGCCCGGCCAGAGGCAGUUUACUACCAGGGACCUUUACUGUCCCUGUACCCCGCCAUGGGCUCUCCCUUUCCUCUGCUGAACCUGCCUACACCCCUCUACCCCAUGGUGUGCUCCAUGGAACACCCCCUGUCAGCUGACAUCGCCAUGGCCACCCGUGCGGAUGAGGAUGGAGACACGCCACUCCACAUUGCCGUGGUGCAGGGCAACCUGCCAGCUGUGCAUCGGCUAGUCAGCCUCUUCCAGCAUGGCGGCCGGGAGCUGGAUAUCUACAACAACCUCCGGCAGACACCGCUACACCUGGCCGUGAUCACCACUUUGCCGUCUGUGGUUCGCCUCCUGGUGAUGGCCGGAGCCAGCCCCAUGGCACUGGACCGCCACGGCCAGACGGCAGCCCACCUGGCGUGCGAGCACCGCAGCCCGGCCUGCCUGCGGGCCCUGCUGGACAGCGCGGCAGGGGGCACCAUGGACCUGGAGGCCCGCAAUUAUGACGGGCUCACCGCCCUGCACGUGGCCGUGAACACAGAGUGCCAAGAAGCGGUGCUGCUCUUGCUGGAGCACGGCGCGGACAUCGACGCGGUGGACAUUAAGAGCGGCCGCUCCCCACUCAUCCACGCUGUGGAAAACAACAGCCUUAGCAUGGUGCAGCUGCUGCUGCAGCACGGCGCCAACGUGAACGCGCAGAUGUACUCGGGCAGCUCUGCGCUGCACUCGGCGUCCGGCCGAGGGCUCCUCCCGCUCGUGCGCACGCUGGUCCGCAGCGGCGCCGACAGCGGCCUCAAGAACUGUCACAACGACACGCCGCUCAUGGUGGCGCGCAGCCGCCGGGUCAUCGACAUCUUGAGAGGGAAGGCCACACGGCCUGCUCCUGCAUCCCAGCCUGAACCCUCCCCCGACCGGAGUGCCACCACCUCCCCUGAGAGCAGCAGCCGUCUCAGCUCCAAUGGUGAGAAACCACCUCCCAGCCUCCAGCCCCUCAGCACUCUCCUCCCUCAGAACCCAGGAGCAGGGACCCCCAGCCCCCUUCUCCCUGGAUCCAACGUCUCCCUGCCCUCACCCCUCCUCUCUGGUCUCUUUCCACAGGUCUUCUGUCAGCAUCACCGCCUUCCUCGCCCUCCCAGUCUCCCCCCAAGGACCCCCCUGGAUUCCCCAUGGCUCCCCCCAAUUUCUUCCUUCCUCCCUCAUCUCCACCAACCUUCCUGCCCUUUGCCGGGGUCCUCAGAGCCCCUGGCCGGCCGGUGCCCCCCUCCCCAGCUCCAGGAGGCAGCUGAGAGGGAUGGGGGGGCAGAUCUUGGACUCAUGAGGAGGGACCUCGCUGCCCUGUGGGGUCAGCCCUCCUGGAAACUGUGAAGAUCUCACUCUGCCCCCCCCCACCCCUCAAUCUUCUGGACCAGGAUUUGCACAGAAGCACAGAUAUUUACCCAUUAUCCCCCUCUUCUCAGCACAGAUAUUCCCCUGUCUCCUCCCACCCCCAGCCCAGGACUCUUGCUCUGUUAUUCUCAGGAACCAGUCUCCUGUCUGGAACUCCACCCAAUCAUUCAUUUCCUUCGCCUCUCCCAGAGCUAGUUGAACUAAGGAACAGCCCUCCCCUCUGGGCUCUACGCAGUUCAAUGAGGAGGGAGAGACGGGCUGUACCCAGGCACUGAUACCAAUGUAAAUUAUUAGGCUUUUUGGUUGGAUUUCUUUUGUAAUAAACUAUUUUUGUACCAUA